AUGGCACGCCUUCAAGUAGGCGCCUUGGUCUUUCAAUACCAAGCUAUCGAUGUCGUGGGUCCUUUGGACUUACUCAAUGGGGCAAGCAAGUUCAUCCAGAACGCCGUGAACACCUACACCCCCAUUGACGAGAAAGUCCUCGCCAAUGCACCUGAGUUCGACUUCCACCACAUCGGAGAAUCACUCGAGCCAGUCGAGCUCAUGUCCAGCUCCAUCAUUGUCAAGCCCACCGUUACGAUCGAAGAAUGUCCGCCUCUGGAUAUUUUGCUGGUUGUUGGCGCAGACCCGGGCUCUUUCCAGCUUUCGUCGAAGUUCGCCGAGUUCAUACGACAACAUGUCAAGAGUGGGAAGCUUGUCUUCACUACUUGCACUGGUGCAGCCAUGGUCGCUUCGACAGGUAUUUUGGAUGGGAGGAACGCCACGGUCAACAAUCAAGAGUUCAAUUGGGUCAAAAAGGAGUAUCCGAAUGUGAAGUGGACAAAGGAUACUAAGUGGGUUGUCGAUGGUAACAUCUGGACUGGCUCAGGUGCUAUGGCUGGGAUGGACAUGAUGGCAUAUUGGUUGAAGGAGACUUAUGGACUGGAUGUGCUUCGAGCAGGUGCGGCUGUGCUUGAUUAUGAGCCGCGAGACGUUGAGGGCGUGCAAAACGUGUUGCCAAAGCGGUAUGAUGCGAGCGGCAAGCAAAUCUCUACCCACAUCUUUAUCUGA